AUGGCUUCGUUUUUGGUGAAAUCUUCGCUGCUGCUCGUUGGCGUCGCGAUGGCCGUCACUUUGACCAGUGCCGCCGAUGACCUUCGAGAGAACCUCAACCGGGGAAGCUUGGUACGCGUUGUCAGAAGCCCGCAGCAGCCUCAUGGUUUCCCGAACUUCCCACCGCCACAGUUUCCUUUCGCCAAUCCGGAAAUCGUCUCGCAAGAUACGCAGCGGGACAAGAACGGCUUCGCGCAGACGACGAUCUACAAGUACCCGAAUGGAAUGGGUUCGUCAUCCGUUUCGACCAGUUACUCGGGUUCGUCUACGCGACCUUACGCCACCUGGAGCAUGGUGGGUGUGGUAGCGUUGUUGCUGUUGAAGCUGCUUCAGUGAUGUACCACGG